UUCUUUCUUCCUUUUAUUCUAUCAGUCUAUCACGGACUAGUUCGACUUUCAGUUCAGACUUCAUUUCUUAUUCCGAUUUGAACGUACAAAAUUUUAGUGGCCUUUUAACUUAAAACUUAACUAAGCGGACAAGAUUGGAUACUUCAUAAAAUAAAAAUCAUGACUAGUAAGACGGCUUUUGCUUUACAGACUUUGUUUUCGACAGCAUCUCGCGACCGAUGUAUGGCGAAAAUGAUGAAAUUUCGCAUUCCUAGAAUACGGGGCAAAGAGCCCACUGCGACAGCAGCCGUUCUUAUUCCCAUCUGCAGCGUUGAAGACACUCCGUCACUGUUGUAUACUUUGCGUGCGGACAACCUAAGAAGUCACAGCGGACAAAUUUCGUUUCCUGGUGGAAAAAAGGAUAAUAAUGAGACGCCGAUACAAACCGCGCUUCGUGAGACUGAAGAAGAAAUAGGCUUGUCACGGACAAAGGUAGAAGUGUGGGGACAGGGACCCGCCGUGCCUGGGCGCAAUAACAAAAUCAUGAUAACCCCUGUAGUUGGGACCAUAAAACGUUUAGAGGAAAAAGAUCUAGAUAUCAACGAGGAUGAGGUUGCAGAGAUCUUUACUUUACCAUUGGAAACCUUGUGUGAUAAAAAACAUCAAUUCUACACUCAAUUUAGUAAUGGCUAUAUAUUGCCAGUGUAUAAGGUGGAUCAUUAUAGAAUAUGGGGAGUCACAGCCUUCCUCACCCAUAUGUUCCUUAGCUCUCUACUUACUCGAGAUAUUUAUAACAAUGAGUGGAUGAAACAGAAAGUUGAGUUAAAAUGAAUCCAAUAUUUGAAGGAGUAUCAUAUAAAUUAAUUAAAUACUCAUAAUUAUGUAUUGAAAUAUUUAUUAAAGUACAAAGCUACUACAUAUCACAUGGCAUUGCAGUACUUAAUUGUAUAACUAACAAUUUAUUUUAAAACUGAGCAAGGCACAAGAAGCAUUAUUAGCAAGAUUAUAACAGUAAUUUUGAAUUGAUAAAAAAUAAUGUCAAAUGAUUACAAGAAAAGGGAACAGAAAAGGAAAAUUAAAAAAAAAUGAAACGCAAAUGAAAAAAAUAAUAUUUAUCCAGAUUUAUUCCUUAACACUUAAAUUAUAAUCUAGAAUUAAUAUUUUAUACAUUGUCCAGACAUGGUGAUGGUCUCUCGCCCUUGUGUCAGUGUACUAUGUUUAUAUGUAUUAUUAUCAGCAACAUAUACUUUUUGUUACAGUCCUUUUUUAUUAAAACUAUGUUUUGAAGUUCAGGAAAUAUAUUGAAGAUCAUUAAUUGUUGUAAAUUGAAUGUCUGUAACUUAAAACAGUUUUAAUAAUAUUGUUUCCCAAAUAAUGGGAAUGAAAGUGUAAAUCAAAACUACCUUACCAAAGGUAACAUGACAGGCAAGAGAGUAUAUAUUGUAUUAUACAAAGUCAAUGAAAAUUUGUAAAGAAUACACAGGCAAAAUAAAUGGGCAGAGGUAUUGGAAAGAGAUGUAAUUGUUUCUGUCUAACCUAACACUACACUAUGAGUCCAAAAAAGAACCAACAAAAUACUGUAAUCCAAUCUUACAUAAAUAAUGAAUAUAAUA